CUUCUGGGAUUUUCAGAGGAACCAGAACUGCAGCCCCUCAUAUUUGGGCUCUUCCUCUCCAUGUACCUGAUCACUGUGUUUGGAAUGCUCAUCAUCUUUGCUGUCAGUUUUGACUCCCACCUCCACACCCCCAUGUACUUCUUCCUGGACAACCUGUCCUUUGUAGACAUCUGCUUCGCCACCACCACCAUCUCCAAGAUGCUGUGGAACAUCCAGGCUCAGAGCAAAGCCAUAACCUAUGAAGGUUGUAUCAUUCAGAUAUACUUUUUCCUACUCUUCGCAGGAUUAGAUGCCUUUCUCCUGGCUGUGAUGGCCUAUGACCAAUUCAUGGCCAUCUUUCACCCCCCGCACUAUAUGGUCAUCACGAACCUCCAGCUCUGUGGACUGCUGGUUUUGGUGUCCUGGAUCAUGAGUGCCCUGAAUUCCUUAUUACAAAGCUUAAUGGUGUCAUGGCUGUCCUUCUGUAUAUUGGUGGAAAUCUCCCACUUUUUCUGUGAAAUCAAUCAGGUGGUCCGACUUGCCUGUUCGGACACCUUUCUUAAUGACAUUGUGAUGUAUUUUGCAACUAUGCUGCUGGCUGGUGGUCCCCUCACUGGGAUCCUUUACUCUUAUUGUAAGACAGUUUCCUCCAUACUUGGGAUAUCAACAGCUCAUGGGAAAUACAAAGCAUUCUCCACCUGUGCAUCUCACCUCUCCGUUGUCUCCUUAUUUUACUGUACAAGCCUAGGAGUGUACCUUAGCUCUGCUGCUCCCCAGAGCUCCCACUCCAGUGCAGUAGCCUCAGUGAUGUAUAUGGUGGUCACGCCCAUGCUGAACCCCUCCAUCUACAGCCUGAGGAACAGAGACAUAAAGAGGGCUCUGAAAAGAAUCAUUGGGGUUCCAGUGAUAUAA